GGCAACGCGGUGGCGGAAGACGAGGCAGCGACGCGCAGUGAGCGCGUGUACAGCCUGGACGACCUGGAGACGAUCGCAACCGUGGGUCGUCGGAGAAAAACAUGGACGCCACCCGGAAAGCUAUUGUUGCGGUAGCAUUGGCCGACUACCAGGCACUCCAAAAUAAGUAUGUGCUUCACCUACACGACCUCGAGGAAGAAUUCCAGGAAGAGUACACAAGACGCAGAAGGGCUGUUGUAACAGCUGUGCUGCAGUCCAGACCGCAGGUCAUCCUGAAGUCUGGAACGGAGUGGGAGGUCUUGCUGGAUAUGGAUGACCAUACAUUUGCCCGCCAUUUCCGGAUCAGAAGAUCCAGGUUUGAGCAGCUCCUUCGACUGCUUCAGGAGCGCGGCCUGAACAGCAAACACAGCCAUGGACUUCCCACCUUGCCUGUUCCCAAAAAAGCCCUCAUGUUUCUCUGGUAUAUGGCCAACCAGAACAGCUACAGAGAGAUCUCUGAUAAAUUUAACAUUUCCCAGUCAGCGGCGCACACAGCCAUCCUUCAGGUGCUGACUAUCAUGUCAGGGAUCGGCCCACACUUUGUUUCUUGGCCAAGAGGCUGUGACAAGUGGAUGUCUUCUGCUGCCUUCCAGCGUACCUCUGGCCUCGAUAGAGUCAUUGGGGCAAUAGAUGGUUGCCACAUCAGGAUCCAGAGGCCACCCAUCAGAGGAGGGGAUUACAUCAACAGAAAAAGUUAUUACUCUGUCCUCCUCCAGGGUAUUGUCAAUGAUGAAGGCUGUUUCAUCGACAUCUUUGUUGGACCACCAGGCAGGGUGCACGAUGCCAGGAUGCUGCGGGGCUCCACUUUUUACGCAAACUGGCAGGAGAAGAUGGAGGACUAUCGUCUGCUCGGUGACAGUUCCUACAUUGGUCAGGCCUUCCCCUUCAUCAUUACCCCAAAGCGCGACAACGGGGCCCUCACCGAUGCUGACCACCAGCAGAAUUUCUACAUCAGUAGGGGGAGGGUGAUCGUUGAACAGGCUUUUGGCAGGAUGAAGUGCAAGUGGCGCCGCUUAAGAGACCUGCAGAACACCAGGAUGGACAUAGUGGUGAUGAUAAUCAUGGCUGCAUGCUUCUUGCACAACUUUGCCCUUGAAACUGUGGAUGGCUGUGAUGAACACCCCACGGGCUGUCCAAGACACGAGGAUGGGAACGAGUAGUUUUGACCAUUGUCAUCUAAUAAAUGUAUAUAGGUUUUUUUACACCUUUGAAACCUUUUGUCAGUGUCAAUUUUCUCCCCCUUCAAGUCGUACCUAGAACUGGCUUAAACUUAAAUCAACAGUUAACCCAGAGUUAGGCUGGAUACAUAGCACUCUCCUAACAUUACUGUAAAGUAUAUUCUUUAGGAGAGUAGAGGGCACAUGCUACAUUAUGUGAUGUCAUGUUCAUGUAUUUGUAGGCGUUGUAAUACAAAGUGUUAAAUUUAAUGCUUCACAGGCCAGUGAGGUUUUUCUGGUAACUGGUAACAUUCAACCAUGAUAAGGCUUGGUUGAUAAUCAAAAUAGAUUUUAUUAAACAAAUGCUAUUGCACAGAAGUGUGCCUUGUUUCCUCUUCUAUCCUCCGGGCCAAGAACAAAACAAAACAGGGCCCACGGACAAACAACAUAACAGGGAAAAGUGAACAGGUGUCAGUGCUUUCAGUGUUCUCAACUAUUUACAGUAAAAAGGCAUUCAAUAAAAUAUAUAAAAUUACAUAUAAUGUAAAAUAAAAUAUCUAUAAAAAAUUUGAACAUUAACCAAAAUACAUUAACACAUUAACAUUUUCCAAUGAAAAAUAAAGAAUUAUUUUACAUCUUCUCCACCAUCUGGCCAAGCAAACUCUGGAGCCCCUCCUGGGCUUCCUUCAUUUGUGCAAGGGUCUCAGCGUGCCGUUUUUUGGCGGCCGCUUGGGAGGCUGCCUCGGACUCCCUAAGUAACGUCAACAGGUCCUCCUCCCUCUGGCGCUUGCGUGGCCUCCUUGGGGUGUUAGCAGGGGGCAUGGUGGUAGCUGUGCGAGGUGCACCGCGGGAUGACGGAGGAGGUGAUGGAGUUCCAGAUUGAGCUGGAGCGACGGCACUGGUGGACGAGGAAGGUGAGGCAUCUGGUGCAUCUGGUGCAGACACACUGACCUACAGGGCCUGCAGGGCACCUGGCCUGCGCACAUCCAGGCCCAUGGCUGUUCCCACAACAGGGAAGACUAUGUCAUGGUGCUAGACGGAGCUGAGGUGGAGGCUGUGAAUUCCUACAAAUACCUCGGGGUCUGGCUGGAUAAUAAACUGGACUGGAAAACACACACCAGCUACCUGUAUGGGAAGACACAAAGCAGGUUGUACUUCCUGAGGAGAUUGCGGUCAUUCAACAUCUGCAGCAAAUUGCUGUGGAUGUUUUACAAGUCUGUGGUUGCCAGCGUCCUCUUCUACACUGUGGUGUGCUGGGGAGGCAGCAUAAACAAGAGGGACACCUCCAGACUGGAUAAACUGAUCAGGCGGGCUGGCUCUGUGGUCGGCAUGAAGCUGGACCCACUGGUGACGGUGGCAGAGAGGAGGACACUGGACAAACUGCUGGACAUUAUUGACAAUGCCAGCCACCCCUUGCACACUGUCAUCAGCAACCAGAGGAGCCUGUUCAGUGGAAGGCUGCUCCUUCCCAAAGUAAAGACCAACAGACUCAAGAACUCCUUUGUCCCUCAUGCCAUCACACUAUACAACUCCUCAUUCGGAGGGAAGUAGGAGGAAAUAGUAUAGAAGUAAUAGAAUAGAAGUAAUAGAGUAAAGAGGAGAUAUAUAACCUAUUCCACUGCUUAAUUUGAACUGCUAAUUUAUUUAAUUUAACUGUCAGCCACCCCUUGCUCACCGUCAUUUCAUUUUAUUUAUCCACUAUAUUAUAUGAUAUUAAUCCACAAUGUCGUAUGUGUAUAUGUAUGUGUAUGUAUGUAUAUAUAUGUGUAU